CCACGCCACGCACCGCCCAGGUCACGCCACGCCACGCACCGCUCAAGUCACGCCACACCAACGCCCCGCGUUUCCUUCUCCUCCCGCCGCCGCGCCCCUCCCUUCCCCGGCAUUUUCUUCGCCUCCGCGCUGCGCCGCCGCCGCAGGUCCCUCCCCCGAAGAUGGCCAACGCGGCGUCCGGGAUGGCCGUGGACGACGACUGCAAGCGCAAGUUCCUGGAGCUCAAGGCCAAGCGGACCUACCGCUUCGUCGUCUUCAGGAUCGACGAGAAGCAGAAGCAGGUCGUCGUCGAGAGGCUGGGCGAGCCCAACCUCACCUACGACGACUUCGCCGCCACCCUCCCCGCCGACGAGUGCAGGUACUGCAUCUACGACUUCGACUUCGUCACCGAGGAGGGAUGCCAGAAGAGCAAGAUCUUCUUCAUCGCGUGGUCCCCGGACACGGCAAAGAUUAGGAGCAAGAUGCUGUAUGCAAGCUCCAAGGACAGGUUCAAGAGGGAGCUCGAUGGUAUCCAGGUGGAGCUGCAGGCAACUGAUCCCACCGAAAUGGGCCUUGAUGUGAUCAGGGGCCGUGCCAAUUGAGUGUCUGCUUCCUGGUUCCUGCUGUGGAAGUACUCCACAUCUUUAGGAAAUUCUAUAGCUCCUGAAUAUCAGUGAGUUGGGAAGUUGUAGUCUAGGAUUUCUUACUGUCCACUGACUCUGGUUAGCUUGAUACCUGCCACCUGAGUUUUAGUUUGUCUAUCUCCGUCCUGUUGCUCAGUAGUAAGUGCAUUGUGGAACAUGUGACAUUGCCUGCUCCUAGUUUGAUGUCUCCAAGCUAAUGAUAUGCUAAGUCUACAGGUGUUGGAUUUGUCAACAGCCUGCUUAUGUUAAUGCAACGGAAGCUUGACCAAUGACAUCAGGCCCUAUCCUAUUCUUUUUCAUAUUGUCGAAUGCACGUGUUAAUGGACCUGCUUA